UACCCGGAAGUAGGACCACGGAGCAACUGACAGUACACUAGCUCGUUAGCCAGCUAGCUUGGCUUCACUGACCUCCGCUCCCAAAAUGGCUGGUGUUCGAGCUUUGGGUGUUCUUUCUAGAUUCUCACUAAGAAGAUACGCUUACUUCACAGGCAGUCAGCAUCGUGCCUUCUCAGUCGCACCUGCCAUGCUUGCCCGCACCCAUGUGAACUAUGAAGUCAAGGGUGACGUUGCUGUUGUGCGCAUCAGUGACCCAAACUCUAAGGUCAACACCCUUUCAGUCCAAAUGCAAAAGGAAAUGACAGAAGUCAUGAAUGAGGUCUGGGCCAACGAUGCAGUUCAAAGUGCUGUACUCAUCUCUUCAAAGCCAGGAUGUUUCAUAGCAGGAGCUGAUGUCAAUAUGAUCCAAGGCUGCAACAGUGUGGAGGAGGUCACCAAACUAUCUCAGGAAGGCCAGAAGAUGUUUGAGCAGAUUGAAAAAUCUUCAAAGCCCAUUGUUGCCGCUAUUAAUGGUUCUUGCUUAGGAGGAGGUCUGGAGUUUGCCAUCGCCUGCCACUACAGAGUUGCUACAAAGAGCAAGAAAACAGUCCUUGGAACUCCUGAAGUCAUGCUGGGACUCUUACCUGGAGCUGGUGGAACUCAGAGACUCCCCAAAAUGGUCGGUCUCCCCAGUGCCUUUGACAUGAUGUUAACAGGAAGAAAUAUCAGAGCAGACAAAGCAAAGAAGAUGGGGCUUGUUGACCAUCUUGUAGACCCUCUAGGACCUGGUCUAAAGAGUCCAGAGGAGAGAACCAUUGAUUACCUGGAGGAAGUCGCGGUCGAAUGCGCCAGAGGAAUCGUCAACAAGAAAAUCAUUCUUCGUAAAGAGAAGGGCAUGAUGCAGAAAAUUCAGGACUACGUCAUGGGCUUUGGCUUUGUGCGGAAUCAAAUUUACAACACUGUCCACGGUAAAGUGAUGAAGCAGAGUAAAGGUCUCUAUCCAGCACCUCUGAAAAUCAUUGAUUGUGUAAAAACUGGAGUGGAACAGGGCCCUGCAGCUGGAUACCUGGCUGAGUCUCAGAAUUUUGGUCAGUUGGCAAAAACCUCAGAAUCAGCAGCACUGACUGGUCUGUACCAUGGUCAAGUAGCAUGUAAAAAGAACCGCUUUGGAACACCUCAAAGAGAAGUGAAGACUCUCGCAAUCUUGGGAGCAGGUCUCAUGGGAGCAGGUAUUGCCCAGGUGACAGUAGACAAAGGCAUGCACACAAUCCUGAAGGACACCACUGAGGCUGGAUUGGCCAGAGGAGAGCAGCAGGUUUAUAAAGGGCUGAAUGACAAGACCAAGAAAAAGAACAUUACGUCGUUUCAGAGGGACUCCAUUCUGUCCAACUUGACGGGUCAACUGGAUUAUAAAGGCUUCGAAAAAGCCGACAUGGUCAUUGAAGCUGUGUUUGAGGACAUUAAAAUCAAACAUGCCGUUCUGAAGGAGGUGGAGGCUGUCGUUCCCCCUCACUGUAUAUUUGCCACGAACACAUCCGCACUGCCAAUCAAGGAAAUUGCUGCUGCCAGCAAGAGGCCAGACAAGGUGAUAGGAAUGCACUACUUCUCUCCAGUCGACAAGAUGCAGCUCCUGGAGAUUAUUAGCACUGAGCAGACGUCAAAGGACACCAUAGCUUCUGCUGUGGCUGUGGGUCUGAAGCAGGGCAAAGUCAUCAUCGUGGUCGGGGAUGGUCCUGGUUUCUACACCACAAGGUGUUUGGCUCCAAUGUUGGCUGAAGCUGUGCGAGUACUUCAGGAAGGAGUUGACCCAAAGAAGUUGGACGGACUCACCACAAGCUUCGGGUUCCCUGUAGGUGCAGCCACGCUGGCUGACGAGGUCGGCAUCGACGUGGCUGCCCACGUGGCAGAAGAUCUCGGCAAAGCCUUUGGUUCUCGCUUUGGAGGUGGAAAUGUAGAAGUUCUGAAGACAAUGGUUGACCUAGGAUUCAAGGGACGCAAAUCAGGAAAGGGCUGCUACGUCUACCAGCCUGGACUGAAACGCAAAGAGGUCAACAGAGAAAUUGAUGAAGUCCUUCAGAAAUAUAGAAUGUCACCAAACCCUGCUGUUUCUUCAGACUCAGACGUCCAGUACAGGCUUGUUUCUCGUUUCGUCAAUGAGGCCGUGAUGUGUCUACAAGAGGGUAUUUUGAACAGUCCUUUGGAAGGAGACAUUGGUGCUGUGUUUGGGCUAGGAUUCCCACCAUGUCUUGGAGGACCUUUCCGAUUUGUGGACAACUUUGGUGCCGACAAGCUGGUGGAGAAGAUGAGAAGAUACGAGGCCGUUUACGGAAAUCAUUUCACUCCUUGCCAACUCUUACUCGAUCACGCCAACAACCCCAGCAAGAAAUUUCAUCAGUGACACAUUUACCAAGAGCGCCCUUAGUUCCAGAUUAGAACUUUCACCUUCACGAGUGGAAAAAAAAAAACAUUCUGAAACUGUAACCAGGGACCAGUUUAUUAGGUACACUUGGUAUUACUACCUGAUGUUCUGCACUUAAAUAACUAACUAAAAAUCGAUUCUAUCAAAUGAGUACAGUGGUAUCUACAGUAUGUCAGUUCAUGGUAUGCUCAUGCUAUGUGUAUCUAAUAAACUGGCAGCUGUGUAUAAUUUCUGUGGUUUUGUACUAUUAAAAUUAUUGAUUGACUAAAUCAUGUAUAGAGUGGGAAGAAUAUAAUGCCUUAUUAUUUACACACCACUUGUGUUGAGACACUAAAAGGGCAGAAACGUUGAAAAUAUUUUCCAACUUUGACAUGUUAUCGAUGAAUGUCAGCCUGUCCGCUCCAGCAAGUGUCUGUUUGUGUACAUUAAAAGAUUUUCUGGCCUGUAUGAGCGGUGAUGUAAAUGAUGUAAGCUUAAAUAAAGUUUUUUAGUUAUUGAACUAAAAAA